AUGGUGAAUCAGCAUUUGACGAAUGGGAAGCCGAUGCUGAAUAAACUGGGCAAGAGUAUGAGUUCGUUGUUGGGGAAUAGUAAGCCUACUGUGCAUGUGGUGCAGAGUGCGCAGGGUUAUCAGGGUCAUCAUGGACAGCAGCAGCAGCAGCAGCAACAGCAGCAAAGUCAGGGUCAGGUUGCUGCUGCUGCUGCUGCUAAUACUACUAGUCCACAGCCGCAACAACAGCAGUGGGGUCAGGUGCAGCAACAGCAACAGCAACAGCAACAGUGGGGCCAGGGGCAUCGUCCUUCUCCACCACCGCAUCCUCAGGUAUCGAGUCCAUAUCAGCAAUCGAGUUAUUUCACGUCGACUCCAGGACACUCGGGACAUGCUGGCUACUCGCCACAGCAGACGCAGCAAGCGCCUGUUUCGCAAUCGUAUACGCCGCCGCCAUCAGCUACUACGCCGGGCUAUGCACAGCAACACGGACACGGCCAAGUAGGGCACAGUCAGUAUUCGCCACCUGUGCAGGAAUUACCAGGCUGCUAUGCAGUACAAGAGAGCGGAGUGAUUGCAGGCACGCCAAGUCAUGUUGGGGGCAUAGCAAACCAUGCUGCGAAUACACCUCCGCAUAUGGCUGGACAAUCUCCACAAGCACAAUGGGUGAGCUCAAUCCCGACAACACAUUCGCCUAGGCCUCAACAGCAGCCUAUGCAUCCCUUGCAACAUGUAGCUUCUCCAAUCAGUCCAGUCAGUCCAGAGCAGCAUUGGAAUGGCAUGUCGGCGGCUCCUAAGCCAUAUAGCCCAGUUCAUGUUUCGGCACCACAUCACUCGACCAGUCCGUCGCCAACACAACAGGGGAACGCGGUACCUCCCCCACCGUCACAUCACCAAGCUGCACCAUACUUUGCGCCGCCAACAUUUGCUGUAGAACUGCCCGCGGAUCUGGGAAGCCUCAGCCUUGGUUCAGCGAAGCCGGCCAAAGACAAUGGACAUGGGCCGAGUUUGAGGGCAAGCGAGGUGCCGCAGGCUGGCACAUGGAAGCUUGCCGACCCAGCGACGGAAAGGGCGACGGAUGAAUUCUACGCCUUGGCCGACUUGCUUUUCGAUGCAUUGGACAGGCAGUUUGAGCCUAGGAACACGGGCCUGGUGGAGGGGUCAAAGUUGAUGGGGAGUUGUGUGCUGAGGUUAAAUGAGGACGAAAAGCGGUUAUUUGCGCAUCAAUCAUACGGGGCGUUUGCCAAGAUGUGGAGCAUAGAAGGCAUCCCGCACGUCAUGGUGCCGUGCGAGGGUGCACUGACGCCGAUUUGGAACUUUGACAGAGUGACACACGGCCAGCAUGUCAGAGUUGGCGAGAGCAGCAGAGGGUCGCAGGCGCGAUACAUGCCAGCGCUGAACCGGGCGGGAUGGUACAGUUUCUUGCUGGUCGAGGCGAUGCGAGCGCCCGAGGAGCUUGGCAAGGUCGUGGCAGCCGUGUGCGCGGACAGACAGCCGGCUGGGCUGGUGGCCAAGGUCGACCUCAACAAGCUUGAUCGAACCGUGGACCCGGCGGUGCGAGCCAGGGCGGGCGAGCUGCGGGCGUAUGCCAUUGCCCAAGCGUGCGAUGAGACGAGGGCUGCCAUGGGUAGGGAUGGAGAUGGGAAUAAAUAG